AUAUUCUUCAAUUGUCUCAGUUUUUGUCAAAUUUUGAAGGCACAGACACGUAUCGGAAGAACUCAAUGGAGUCGAAAGAAGAGUUAGAUCUCACCCUCUCGCUUCGGUGUGGGACUUCUCAGGAAACUCCUACUUCUUUCCUUUCCCUUUUCCCAUCAAAUUCUUUUCAAACAAACCUACCUUUAAUGGAAACACUUUCUUCUAAUCCUGACUUUAACCCUAAUCCUUCUUCUUUGUCGACAUUUUCCAACAACAAUAACACCAAUCUUUCGUUACCAUCUUGUAACGACAACGUCAACCUUCCAAAUGCGUCUGUUGAAGCGGCAAAUAAUGUUUCUACAGUUAGGUCUUGUCAGACUUCAUGUACUCGACGGAGUAAACGAAAGAGCGAAACUGUUCCUGCAUUGUUUCCUUGGGCGAAGAAUCAACGAGCAACCGUCCAUAGUAAGGAAUAUCUAUUGGAGAAUAAUAUCAACACCAUCAAAGGAAAGGUUCACUGCAAGAGGUGCGAGCAUGAAUUCGAGUUGAGUCUGAAUUUGGAAGAGAAAUUGAAUGACUUAUGUGAAAUUAUUAGCAAAGGAAAACAUAAGUGGCAUAAUAGAGCUCCACGGGUUUGGAUGAGUCCGGUGUUCCCAAAAUGUCCUCUUUGCGAACGAGAAAGCAGCAGCAGACCCAUCAUUGCCAAAAACAAAAAGGAGAUUAAUUGGUUGUUUUUAUUGCUUGGUCAGAUGCUUGGUUGCUGCACACUUAAUCAUCUAAAAUAUUUCUGCAAGCACAAUGAGAUCCAUCGAACUGGUGCCAAAGAUCGUCUUCUUUAUGAUACCUAUAAGACUCUCAUCAAUCAACUUCUACCUGGUUUUUUUGUUUGA